AUUCCGACAACAGCCGAGAGCAACGUCUUCUCAGUCUGUUCAAUGUUACACACUGCCCACUCUGCACUACUGCCUUUUGUUGCAUUGUUACUUCUCUUCACUCAGUCCUUCACCCACUCCUAACGUACACUCGCCUGCUUUGCUCGCCGUGCAACACUUAUUUCCUCUUGCGCUGCCUUUAUUUAUUAUCUUCAUCCGCGAUACAGAGGCGAGGCGAACUGACUCUCUCUUCCAUUCUGUCUCAUGAAGAAGGCAUAGUGGGAUUAAUCGGAAUGGAAUUGGUAAGCUAUGGGCCCGGAUCGAGCAGCAGCAGCAGCGGGGGCAGCAGCAGUGGAACGUGGAUGGACCCACGGCUGUGGAGCAUGCUGCCGCAGAAGCUGAUAGAGCGUAUUCUGGCGUGCUUGCCCCCUCCCAGCUUCUUUAGGAUGCGGGCGGUGUGCCGCCACUGGUAUCGUCUCAUGUUUUCCGACAGCUUUCUUGAAGUGUGCGCGGAGGCGUCGCCGGCGAGGCCCUGGUUUCUCCUCUUCAAGCGGGGUCUGUGGACGGAGGGUUACCUUUACGACCCCUUGGCCCACUCCUGGUUCAGAUCGCGCCUCUCAUCUCUGCCCUCCGUCUUCUCCGUGGUGGCCUCGGCGGGGGGGCUGCUGUGCUGUCUGUCGGAGAACACGGGGUGCAAGACGGUGCUUGUGUGCAAUCCCUUGACCAAGGAGUGCCUGCAAUUGCCCUGCACUCUCAAAGAGCGCUUCGUUCCCUCCGUCGGCCUCGUGCUGGAUAAGCACACCAAGACAUACAAGGUCAUCGUUGCCGGCGACGACAUGAUCUCACCCUUCGCCGUGAAAAACCUCACCACAGAAAUGUACGACUCGGCCUGCCAGUACUGGAGAAUCGCCGGGCCGCUCCCGCGGCUGUGCAAUCUGGAGUCCGGGAAGAUGACCCACGCUGGGGGGGUGCUGUACUGCAUGAACUACAGUCCCUUCAGCGUGCUCGCCUACGACAUAAGCGAAGGGGUUUGGAGCAAAAUCCAGGCGCCCAUGCGGCGCUUUCUGAGGAGCCCCAACCUGGUGGAGUGCCGGGGGCGGCUGGUGAUGGUGGCCGCCGUGCAGAAGAGCAAGCUGAACGUGCCCAAGAGCAUCCGAAUCUGGGGUCUCCAGGAUUCCAGAAAUGCUUGGGUGGAGGUGGAGCGCAUGCCCCAGUCCUUGUACGACGACUUCAUCAAGAUGUGCGACGAUGAGGCCUUCGCCUGCGUCGGACACGCCAACAACAUCCUCAUCACCUGCUCCAGCACUUCCCACUGCCUCCUCUACGACAUGUAUCACAAGCUCUGGACCUGGCUCCCCCGCUGCCCCUUCGUUCACGCCUCUCAGCCACUCCAAGGUUUUGCCUUUGAUCCCCGUCUCGAGACUUCUGUCUGCUGAAUCCUUCAGUAUUUCUGCUCUUUUUUUAUCAUAUCAGCCUACUUUUUGUUGCAGAAUUCUCGAUUUUAAAACUCUUCCCACUACGUACGAUCUUCCCUGCAAAUUUUACUAGGCCAAGCGAAUACAUAUAUCUGUUUUCAAUUCUAUACUGCAUUUUUGAAUUUGUUUUUCCUCUAUUCCCUGGAGAUCUGAGAUGGAUAAUUUGUGGUGUAAUUGAUGUGCAAAUGCUAAUGUUUAUUACAAUGAGUUAUAGUACUUCUAUUUUUAUGUAAUCAUUUGUGCAGGCAUGUCACUUUCGUCGUC